AUGUCCUGCAAACCCCAACCGAUUGUCGCUGGCAACUGGAAGUGCAACGGCACGCACGCCUCCGUGGAAAAGCUUGUGAACCUCCUGAACAGCCACAAGGUCACGCAUGACGUGCAGUGCGUUGUGGCCCCCACCUUCCUUCAUAUUGCCCUCGUCCAGUCCAAGCUCUCUCACCCGAAGUUCGCGAUCAGCGCGCAGAACGCCAUCGCGAAGUCCGGCGCCUUCACCGGGGAGGUCUCCAUGCCCAUCCUGCGCGACCAGGGCGUGCAGUGGUUGAUCCUCGGGCACUCCGAGCGCCGUGCGUACUAUGGCGAGACGAAUGAGAUCGUGGCGGGGAAGGUCCGCGACGCCUACGCGCAGGGCUUUUCCAUCAUCGCCUGCAUUGGCGAGACGUUGCAGGAGCGGGAGGCGAAUCUGACCGCGAAGGUCGUGUUGGAGCAAACCAAGGCGAUCGCGAAGUUGCUGCCGCUGGAGGCGUGGUCGAAGAUCGUCCUGGCGUACGAGCCGGUGUGGGCGAUCGGCACCGGGAAGGUCGCGACCCCGGAGCAGGCGCAGGAAGUUCACGCCCUUUUGCGGCAGUGGGUGAAGGAGAACGUCUCCGCGGCGGUCGCGGAGAAGCUUCGCAUCCUUUACGGCGGAUCCGUCACCGCGAAGAACGCGCGGGAGCUUUAUCAGAAGAAGGACGUGAACGGCUUCCUCGUUGGAGGGGCCUCGCUUAAGGCGGACUUCCUGCAAAUCAUUGAUUCCACUAAGAACUAA